CGCAUCGCUGUCUCUCGCUCUCUCUCUCUCUCUCUCUCUCUUUUGCACGGCGCGCGUGAUGUAAAUAUAUGAUCGAUCGCGGUCAGCCGCUAAAUAAUCUCUCUUGUAGUUAAGAGAAGUCUCUCUCCGUAAAGGUGUUUCGGUGCGAGAGAGACCAGACGACGAUGAAGUGGUGGUGAGAUUUAAAGAAUUACAAGUGCCAGGAUGGAGACGGCCGUCGAGCAUUGUGACAGGCUACUCCCUGAGUCCGAUCACUACGUCAAACAUUUCUAUGACCUCUUCAAAAGCGUUGCCGAGGCGCAGAGGUUGAAAGGAGAAUGGAAAAAAUGCAGAAAACACAAAACAAAGAAAAAAGACAAGAAGAAGCCUGACCUGAAUGGUGAAGUAACUUGUACUACAAUACCAGAGAUAGAAGUUUCCAGCAAUGCCUCUGCAUUUUCUGUAUUUACAAGUGUUAGAAGUGCUGUUCUGGAAAAACAUGCAAGAAGUAUUAAUGAGGCAUACAGAGCUUCGAAUUGUACCUCACCGCCACCUCCAGAAUUCAGUGAUAGUUUAAUUUCAGAUACUGACGAUGAAGACAAAAAAUCGUCAACACAAAAUUUACCAAAGAUUGUUGGAAUUGGUUUAAUGAGUGUUUUCGCAUUGAUGAAAGAAAGCAGAGCUAUUGAUUCGACAUUAUGCACAAAAGCACUCUCUGCAUUACUAGAUGUACUGCAAGGACAGUUACCUGAAAGUCUCAAAAGUGAACCAGAUGAUGUUAUUAAAUCAUUGUUCGAAUUACUGCUGGACCUUGCAACAUCGCAUGGUCCUGAAUCUGCAGCAGCUAAUGAUGGAAAUCACUUGACUGCAGUUGCAUGUGCUUGUUUAAUUAGUUUAGUUGUUGUUCAUGGAGAUACAGGAAGACUUUUAGCAACUAUUGCAGCACUAUUGAUGAGUCCACAGGCUCUUGCUGUCCAGAACAUAAAGAUGCCCAUUGUACUUACCUCACUGCAAAGAAGUGUGCAUGCUGUCUUACUUGGUAAGCUUGCUCGACCAGACUGGAUAACUCAUGGUGUUCCUAAGAAUUCUAAGAUUUACUCUGCUACACUUACCUUACCCAGCGAGAUUAAUAAUUUAGUUUUAAAUGGUCGAAGCUUUGUUAGUGAUGGAAAGUAUUUGUACCUGCAUACAAAUCGUGGUUUAUUUAAAAUUGGCAAUGGACACGGUGGUACCAUCUGGGGUCAUGUUUAUGUUCACAAACCAGAUUUUUAUCCUUCAGAGAUUGGUUGGAUUGGUUAUGCAAAUAGUUCCUUGUAUUUUAAAUGUGCACCCAAAAAGCAAUGUGAAUUAAUGAUAUUAGACGCUGAUACAUUGACCAUAAGAGGAAUCGCUGUUCUGGAAGGACGAGAUUGGUCUUAUUCCCUCAUGUUUUCAGAUGGAGAAAAUUUGGGAAUGAUAUCAGCGGGGAAAGAUGAGGGUUUUGUUGUUCGCACGAUAAAUACCCUGAACAAUCCAGUGACAGUCACGUCUGAGCUUCCACUGAAACUAGCGAGAAAGUGCGUUGAUGUGUUUGGCUAUUCGCCAUUCGACGAAGAUCAACCAACCUACAUUCUUAAUCCUCAUUGCGACGAUGAAAUCGGAUAUGUUGCUGCUGGCAAAGAAUUUAUGUUGCUCAAGACCCUUUCUGGCAAAUUGAUGUAUUCGGGUAAAGGAAGGUGCAUCGGUAUGAGGAACAACGUAAGGUCGAAUCGAUGGCUUGAAUUCUCUGUAGGAAAAAAGUGUAAGAUUGUGAAUUUUGCCGUUGGCCACGAAGGUCAGCAUAUUAUUCUUAUUCUGGAGGAUGGCUCAGUGCUUUUCGCUGGCACUGCCAGACGAGGCGAAGAUGGAGACAGCAAUAAAGUGCGGUUGCCAAAGCCUAGUAAACCAAAGAAGAUGCAAAAGGUCGAGGGCCAGUUUAUCGUACACGCAGCAUGUAAUAACGGCUCCACAGCUCUGGUAACAAAAGAAGGUUCACUGCUUAUGUUCGGCAAAGAUACAUUAUACAGUGACGAGACAACUGGAUUAGUGCCCGAUUUGAAAGACGUUUGCGUUGUGAAUGUUGCGUUAGGAAAAGCUCAUACUGCUGUACUGACGAAUAAAGGACAUCUUUAUACUUUUGGUAUCAAUAACCGAGGACAGUGUGGUAGAGACUUUUCGUCGCUGCAUUCUGUAAAUGUUAAUAAGGAAGUUAAUGUAACUGCUAUGGAGACUGGCAUUGCUGAUGACGAUGCUAAUGGAACUGAGGAUGAAUCGAUAAGUGAGGAUGAACAAAAUCGGAAAAUGAAGAAAACUUGGUCGAAAAGAGAUCUUAAUCAAGAUGAUAAAUCUAGUGACAAUUUCGACGAUGGAUUAGGCUGCUUUAGACUACCCGGUAUGUGCCCCCCGGGUGGGCAUCAAUGGAGGUAUCGAGUAUGUAUGAUCUGCACCAUUUGUUGUGAAUGUACUGGUUACGGUAACUCGUGUCUCAGUAGCGUGAGGCCUGACAGAAAUCCUGGACAGGAAUGUGGUUGCGGUGAUGGUGACAGCGGUUGUGCAGAAUGUGGAUGCUGUCGAACGUGUGCUCGCGAAAGUUGUGAUAAUGAUAGUGAUUUGCCGCUGUCCAAACUUGCCAAAAAGCUGCUACAAAACGAAUGUGCAGCUUCAGGAUCGAGGGAGAAUUGGUCGGAUUUAGCUUUAAGCGAGAUUUUGAAGAAGCGUUUCGAGGAGAAAAAACAGAAACUAUGGAAGGGACCAAACAAUCAACGAGGGAACAACGUUGGAAAAAUAAAAGUAAUAGUGCAGCAAUAUGUGCCGGCAAAAUCAGGCAAUAAUGUAGCUGCAGUGAUAAACGAGGAGGCAGCAGGUGGUGACGGUAGCGACGCCGAGCGUGGAGAUACAACGCGAGUCGCUAGUAUUCCACCAGCACGCGUAUCAUUUCCUGACGACAAUCCAGUUGCUCAAGUAGCUUGUGGUUUGCAUCAUACCGUAGUUUUGCUGCAAAACGGCGAGGUUUAUUCAUUUGGUAGUAAUAUUUAUGGACAAUUGGGCGUUGGUAAUCUUAUUGCUCACGCUGGACCCAUGCACGUGAAAAUCCCCGGCGUGGCUAUGCAGAUUGCCGCUGGAAGCAAUCAUACCGUCGUAUUGACGACUAAAGGCGAGGUUUAUACCUUUGGUGCUUUUCAAAAAGGUCAACUGGGUAUGAAUUGGUGCUACGAUCAACAACAGCAACAUCAAUCUCAUCAGCAUAACCAGCCUCAAAGUCCACUCGCUUCUAAUUCAUUCUCGUCGCAAAUUCAUCGCGACAACAAUUCCCAACCAUGGCAUAGUUUUCCAAAUAUAGUUCCAAAUAUUGGUUCGCGUUGGGGCCGUAAAGCUACGUGGAUUGGAGCUUCAGGCGAUCAAACUUACAUCAAGGUAGAUGAAAUCAACAGCAUAAGUCUCACUCGUAGCACCGUAAUGGCGAAUAAAAAUUGUAUCCUCCUUUUGCCUCAUCAAACUGAACAUCGAAACUCGUUCAAGUGCCUUGUGAUUAACAAGCGCGACGGUACAUGUAACAGCUUCAGUGGUCCCGAUCAAGUUGAUUUCAAUCAGUGCGCUGCCUGUUUGGAUCCACUUUACAAUGUCAUUUGGUCGCUUAAUCCAACCAACAAUGAAAUCUCGUAUUACAAUAUAAUAUCUACUGAAUCAAGGACUAUUUCCAAUUUAGAAGUGUCGAUUCUUAGUCCAAGUUUGGCAUUGCCAGUCGUGUCUGACUGUUAUGUGACCAGGUCGCAAGCUGCUAUGCACUUACUUGCGUGUUUAGACACGUUAUCGCAAGCUCAAGAUGAGAAGUUAACAAUUGUCGACGGUAGUGAGAAUAAUCAGUCUCCUCAUGGUAAAGUUUAUAACAGGGAAGAUUUUGCGACUGUUUCGAGGUUCGAGAAUCAUGGUGGUGGUUGGGGAUAUUCCGGUCAGUCGGUAGAAGCUAUUAGAUUUAUGGCUGACACAGACAUUCUUCUAGGUGGUUACGGCCUAUUCGGUGGCCGAGGCGAAUAUACAGCGAAAAUCAAACUUUUCGACAUCGGUUUGGAAGGCGGUGAAGAAGAAGCUGACGGCGAACUUCUCGCGGAAACUGAUGAAAUUCCUUACGAGUGUGAGCCACGUCAGAAAUACUCGAUUUUGUUCAAUGAACCUGUGCCAUUGCAAGCAAAUCGUUGGUACGUUGCUUGGGCUAAAGUCAGUGGGCCUUCCAGUGAUUGUGGUUCAGGUGGUCAAGAGACUGUCACUGCUGAGGAUCAAGUUGUGUUUUAUUUCAAAACGUCGAAAGAAGCCAAUAAUGGGACUGAUGUCAAUGCUGGUCAGAUACCGCAAUUGCUCUUCAGAGUAACUACACCAGAAAAUCAAAAUUAUUCUCGCAAGAGGGACCAACAGGAGCCAGUGUACAUCUUGAAGCGCGAUUUCAGUCGAACUGUUACGGAACCAUGCUUCCGUUCAUUGAUUUCUCAACUUCAGUGGAGUUGGAAUACAUUGAAAGCUAGCUUAGCUGACAUGAGUUUACACGCGGCAGCUUCACCAUCGCACAUUAUUACUGAGAUGGAUAGACUCGUAUACAUCAGCAAAGCCAGUUUGCGAUUAUUAAGAAUAUACACAAACGAAAUCUAUCCGAAUCAGGCCACCAAGAAAACACCAUCAGAAUCUGUGAGAUUGGCUGAGUGUAUUGGGGAAGUUAGAGCGCUGUUGACGCAGAUUCUUUCGGAUUCUAUUUCGCUUACCACGACGACCAAAGGCAAGACACGCGUGAACAAAACUUCGACAACUUUGAGUAACAAGAUGACCGGUGCUAUAUUGGACGAGUGUUACAAAACUUUCGUCGCCUGUUACCACGCGUUUUAUCCUACGGCGUAUCUUAAAUGGACCUCUCUGUGCGAGUUAUUAUCGGAAAUCGACAAAGACCAAGGCAUUACUUCCAAAGACCGGUUGCUGUCGGCUGUUUUAGCUUCACUGUGUAGUUCUUCGGUGCGAUUGCGCUGUACUUUUCCAAUUUUAAAUGACGUGAUGGACAGUAGCGAUAAUGUUAAAAGACAGCUUAGCCCAUCAGACAAUGCCGGUCUACCGAUGAUGAACUCCACCGAGACCCAUCAUUAUCCGAUUCUUGUAGAGCAGAUUAGCUACAAAUCGCAAAUUGAGAGCACCGGCAAGGAGAUUCUUAAUUGGUCCUUUCGAGAAGUUUUGGAUAGACUUUUAGAUUUAAUACUCAUUCCCGUGAGAAGAAGUCUCAAGAAAGAAGAAAGUCAAUCGCUGCCACAUCUCGUACUACAUUGUUGCUACCUCUUAGCUCGUGUCAUAUCCGAGCUCGCGUCGUUCUCCAACGGACACGAAGACGAUUUGCAAGCUGCUUGUUACAGACUUAUGUACACAACGCCUUCAAGGUUCAGUCGCGUCAACCAGACGAGGUCAUGGAACACUGGCAAUGGAUCGCCGGAUGCCAUUUGUUUCUCAGUUGACAGGCCUGGGAUUCUCAUUGCUGGCGUUGGUAUUUACGGAGGUGCUGGUGCGUAUGAUUACGAACUAGAGCUGCUGGACGAUAGGAACAAUACUGGAAAUGAUCCAUCGCACACGCAACAUUGGAGUAGUUUGGAUUUUACGAGAGGUUCAUUUGGUUCAGACGACUGUGUGAACGACAUUGUUGAGUUGAAAUUCGACAAGCCUAUUCCCAUUAAAGAAAAAGUGAAGUAUGCUAUCAGAUUGCGCAAUCGAGGAGGUCGAACGAGUAACGGUGACGGAGGUUUGCGAAGUAUAAAAGGCCCAGAUGGCACAUCGUUUACUUUUUCAGCGUGCAUAUUGAGCUUUAACGGUACUACACAAGCUAGAGGCCAAAUACCACACAUUCUGUACUAUUCGAAUCCACUAGAUACGAACGAUCAGCAUGCAAGUAAAGCGAUGGCCGAGGUACAAGCACGAAAAUGCACUUUAGCUAUGACUGCCACGAUCAUUCAGCGCUCCAAUGACAUUUUGGCAUUGGCACGUGAAAAAGCCGACGAUGUUGAUAUUUAUGAGAUUUUCGGUAACGCUACCUUCGUUACUACACUACUGCCUCUAACCAUGGCUUACAUUAUUCCAUUGGCUACUUCUGAUCCACGGAGCGGUGUUCAAAUACUCACGUUAAUCCAAGAGAUGAUGCCGCACGUAACAGCGUUAAAUCUGACAUUAGCAAUGAAGUUGUCUCAGGCGAUGUCGCUGCAUCAGAACGACGACACAGAUAACACGAUCCAGCAGCAGCAAACGGUAGCGCAUUACUCGCCUCCGAUUACCACCACAAGCCAUUACUACACCUGGCUCGAAAGCGAGCAUCCCUAUAAGCCGGCAACGGUGUCCUACUACAGAGUCACUUUCCCCGAGUCCGUCAAAUGGCUUACCAUUGAAUUCACUCCCGAUUGUGGCACUGCACAACCAGAGGACUAUCUCCAAAUGUACAUUCCUAAUGUUAAUGCCAUGGCAGCUAAAAAUUUGGAAAGUAUUAAUUUGGAGGAAAGCCCGAUCUACUGGCCGGUGCUUCACAAGCUCAGCAAUGUACAGAGCCAAUGGCCUCAAAGUGCAGUUGUACUACCUGGCAAUGAAAUAAUUUUCUCACUGGAAACGGCCUCAGAUUAUAUGAAAGACGAGCGAUCCAUUACGUACGGGUUCAAAUGUCUAGUCAUUGGCUACGAUUGGAUUACAACAAACUUUAGUUUGAAAAAUCUGGAAAUUGAAUUGUCAUUUCUUGGCGGAGCUUGUGCAGCUAGUCUCAUGAAGAAGAAUCUGAAUUUGCCAGAAAUGUCUUCUGAUGAUGACGAGGAGGAUCCGGAACUCGCAUACGAAACAGCGAAACGUAUAUUCAUGGCGCACACAACUCUUCUUGGACGAGGUUUCGCUUUGGCAGCUCCACCCAGCGUUGCCCAAGCACUCGACGGCGUUCUUCCAUUCAGGUAAGUGACACUUUCCAAUUCAAACGAAA